AUGGCAGCGCCGGGCAGCGUCGAGCCCGCCGCGGCGCAGAGGCCGCCCGGAGUUCUGGCGUCGCAGACAGGAGCUGGCGGGCUCCGCGAACUCGCCUACAGAAAACCAACCCUGUCAGAAGAGUUCGGCAGCUUAGAAGUUUUGUGUGACAUGGAGUUCGAAGAAGAUUUUGUGAAGCUGUUCAAGGAAUCGCUGCGCACGCUCCCCUCCGUUGGCCUGCCUACCCUUCUGGCCUACAGACCUGAACUGUCACGAGAAAACAUACAGAUUGAGGCAGAGGAGGGCCCUGCUCCGAGGUGCGAGUUCUGCGGCAGCCUGCUGAAACCCUUCCCCUCCCUCGAAGACACUUGCUCACCGCCACGGGAUUAUGAAUCGAAAUUCUGCUGUGAGCGUCGCCGAGAGCUCUUCGAGUUCAUCCUAAGAGAGAGGAAGCACCACGAAGGCUCCCGCAGCGCGCCGGCUGCCGCCGGCCCCCGCCAGCCCCCGGGCGACGAAGCCAGCAGGCUGCGGCCAAGGUGCCCGAGGCAGCGGGAGAGACAAAUGGCCAGACAGUUAGCUUUCCUGGCAGCAGAGCCGACGAGAGUAACUGAAUGUGCGACCCGAGCCGGCACCAUCUCCUACCUGCUUUCCCGGGAGCCCCCGUCGCCGCAGGGCCCGACGCUGGUGCCCCCCGCGAGAGCAGCAGCGCCCGAGGAGGAGCCCGUCUCCCACGACGUCGCCCGCUGCGAUUUCGCCCCGGCGGGCGCGGAGGCGAGUAGCUGCUGCCCGGCGCGACGCGCUCGCCGCGGUGGGAGCCCAGCCCCCCCCUGCCCCGCGGGGCCGCUCUCCUCCGCGUCAUCGCUUCUCUCCCAACCCCAGGCAGCCAAGAAGGAGUUACUGGAAAAAUACUACAAACACGGAGGGAAAUUCCUGACCGUGCUUCCGGACGGAGCAGCGCAGCUGUUCUAUCCAUCGGGAAAUCUGGCAAUCAUUGUUGUACGAGAGAAAAACCAGCUUAUUUGCAUAGUACAGGAAGACAAGCCGAGUAACGCUGAAAUACAGGCAGUAUUUAAGUCCAAUGGCAGAAGUACUUGCUAUUAUCCGAACGGAGCUGUGUGGAUAAACAUGACUAUUCAGGGAGGGCAGUAUUUGGACCAGGCAGGCAGCAGGGUGAGAAGGUGGACGUGGCCAAACAGCGCCAUGUCAUCAGGACCCCACAUCCCGCUGAGCCCCAUCUUCAUCUCCCUGAACCGGCACGUGGGGGUCAGGAUCCUGGGCCAGGACAAGAUCACCGUUUCUUUCCUCGCCAUGGGACAACAAGCAAAAUUCAACGUGGGAACCAAAGUGCAGGUCGGCGGCGGCGGCCGGCUGCCUCCCCCCGCCCGGCUGGGCGAAGACGAGCUCCUGCUGCUCGCCUUCAGGGUGAGGAUCCUGCGGCUCUUGGACAGACUGUGGGGAUGCUUAAACUUUCCUUCUAAUGACCAACGGGACAAAAUCAAGCCUCCAGCGUACCUGAUCACACAGACUUUAAAGAUCUUGCGGCUUUGCACAACUUCUGACAUCAGCGCCGAGCUCCGCAGCUCGGUCAGGGCGAUAGUAAACGCUCAAGUCUGACCGGCA